CAAGUUUUUUUUAAAAAAAAAACGUUUCUAAUUCAGUGCGAGCAAGAACAAAAGGAAAUAAAGCAGGAAUCCCCCUAGCUGGUGGUGGAAAGAGUUCCAGACUGGUUUGUAAGAGUAUGUUUAAAGGGAUUUGUUGUGUGAGUCCCAUUUCUAAAGGCUGACAGAAAGGGUGCAGUGAUGGCCGGCCUGGACUGAAAUGCUUUCUCAUGUAUACAUGAAAGCUCUGGCACACGAAGCCAGACAGGAGAUGGCAUGUUAAGGGAGUGGAACAUACCAUCAGUAGAACCAAAAGAGGGGAAGACAGCAGGAGGAGCUUGGAAAAUGCACCAGUGAGUUCACCCUGCACAAAUGUGUGUGGGACUCCGACUAGGGAAAAAGAGGAGAAACAAGACAAUACGACUAGACUCAGUACCUUCCGCUAAAACUGUUUAAAAACACACGUGAGCAGCUGCUCCCCCGAUUCUCUCCAACAUAUGUCUAAACUCACCCGUAUACUACAUGUGUUCUGCUCCUGCUGGACUAUCAAAGAUGUGGCAGUGAAGUUUGCAGCAGCUCCAGUAACUGUUUCUUACUUCAGUCAAACUUGAGCGGACAGAAUACAGAGACUGCUAAGGAUUUGUGGCUGAAGGUGAGGUACAGUAACGAAUUCUUUCGUGGCAUCCAUUGGAUUACUUUUACUGACUGAGACUGCAGUGAGUGUUAUGACACAUCCAGAGCUGCCCUACCUCUUGGCAGUGUGUGAUGAAGAGGAUUUGCAUGUUACUGUAGUUCACUACAGCUCAAUGCUCUGGCUUGUAAUUUGAAAGAACCCUGGGGUACCUGGGAGAAACUUCCUACAGCCUAUUUGGCGUGAUGAGCAAGUUCACCUUUCAGAACAACAAAGUAAUGCAGGACCGCCGGAGUGUUUGUGUCUUCCUUCCAAAUGAUGAAGCUCUUAACAUUAUUGUGAACGUAAAAGCCUUGUGCCAAGAAUUAUUCAUUCAAGUCUGCGACCUUCUAAGGCUGAAAGACUGUCAUCUUUUUGGGCUCAGUGUCAUACAAAACAAUGAACAUGUUUAUAUGGAACUGAUGCAGAAACUCUGCAAGUAUUGUCCAAAGGAAUGGAAGAAGGAAGUAAGCAAAGGCAUUGACCAGUUUGGCCCACCUAUGAUUAUUCAUUUCAGGGUACAGUACUAUGUGGAGAAUGGGAGAUUAAUUGGUGACAGAACAGCUAGAUACUAUUACUACUGGCACUUGCGGAAACAAGUUCUUCAAUCCCAGUGCAUGUUACACGAGGAGGCCUAUUUUCUACUUGCUGCUUAUGCUUUACAGGCAGACCUCGGCAACUACAAAAGGCACAAGCAUUAUGGGAAAUAUUUUGAGCCAGAAGCUUACUUUCCUCCUUGGGUGGUUACCAAGCGAGGAAAGGAAUAUAUUUUGAAACACAUUCCAAAUAUGCACAAGGACCAGUAUGCACUUACAGCCUCAGAAGCACAUCUCAAAUACAUCAAGGAGGCUGUCCAGCUAGAUGAUGUGGCUGUUCAUUAUUACAGGCUAUAUAAGGAUAAAAGGGAAAUUGAUGCUUCACUGAUGCUGGGCUUGACUCUUCAAGGGCUUCAGAUAUUUCAGGUUGUUGGGGAAUCUAAACAAUUGUUAUAUGAUUUUCCUUGGACCAACGUUGGCAAGCUCGUGUUUGUGGGGAAGAAGUUUGAGAUUCUGCCGGAUGGCCUGCCUUCAGCUAGAAAACUUAUUUACUACACUGGCUGUCCCCUGCGCUCUCGGCACCUGCUCCAGCUACUCAGUAACAGCCAUCGUCUCUACAUGAACCUGCAGCCAGUCCUGCGACAGGUCAGGAAACUGGAAGAGAAUGAAGAGAAAAAACAGUACAGAGAAUCUUAUAUCAGUGACACCAUGGAAUUGGAUAUUGAGCAAUUAGAAAAACGAUCCCGAGCAAGUGGCAGCAGUGCAGGCAGCAUGAAGCAUAAACGUCUCUCCAGGCACUCCACAGCAAGUCACAGCAGCUCCCACACUUCAGGCAUCGAGGCAGACACCAAACAAAGGGACCUUGGACCAGAGGACAGUUUCACUGGAAACAUCCUUCACAGAAAACUCAAAUCCUGCAACUCAAUGACCAGCCAUGGGAGCUCUCACACCUCGGGCGUUGAGAGCGGUGGGAAAGACAGAAUAGAGGAUGACUCACAGGAUGAUGAAAUAGAAAUGCUGGUUGAUGAUCCAAAGGACUUGGAGCAAGUGCAUGAACUGGCUCCAGAGGUCAGUCCCGACAUGUGUAUUCACAUCACCGAGGAGAUGCUGAUGUCACGGCAACUGAACGGACAUGCUGGGCUGAUAGUGCGGGAGCUGAGUUCUUCUACUUCCAGUUCCUCUGAAACAGUGGUGAGACUUUAUGGCCAAAGUAUCGAUUCAUUACCGCAGCCCGUGUGCAGAAAACCAAAGACCUCCACAGACCGGCAUAGCCAAAGCUUGGAUGAUAUUCGUCUUUAUCAGAAGGAUUUUAUGGCAAUAGCCACCCUUUGCCAAGACACGGCUCAGAGCUACACAUUUGGCUGUGCUCAUAAUCUGAAUGAGGAAGGUAAUUGCUGUAACCGGUGCUUGGCAGAGCAGUACAAUGCAACAAAGGAAACCUUCAUCGUCAAACGAACAAGUAAAUAUUCAUCUCUGGACCUUACAGCUGAUGACUCUGUUCCUGAAUUUGUGGUUUGAACAUUGGAUUUUAACUAUGCAUUAGUGCUGUGUACUGUAAGCCUGGCUGCCUACUGCAUUCCCAAUGACCUUCCAAAGCCAUUGCCUACACUUCACUGUCAAACUGAAAGACUUUUUGUUUCAGUUACCCAAGGAACACUUGGUUUAUAUUUUGCAGUUCUUCCAUGUUUCUGGACAAAAAACAGCUUACAAAGCAAUGCAUGUCAAGAAGCCAAAGAAAUAUGUUAAGCAAGAGUCUAAAACAAUGAUAAGAAGAUGUAUAUUUUUGAGAGUCAAAGAACCUUCAGUUACAGCAAGACAGUCAGAAUUCUUUGCACAUUGACUCUUCCAUGGAGAAUUAAAUCCAUGGUGUUUGGAGUAUUACAAUUCAGUAUUACACAAACAAAGGUCUUUCUAAAAAAAACUUGUCUUUUUUAUCAAGCAAAUUAGUUCAAGUGUUAUUAUUUAGUAAAACCUUAGGCUUCUUAACACUUGUGUGUGAGUGGCACCAUUACUAUGUUGUUGAUCAACUUUUUGAAAAUGUUUCAGUUAAGAUGUAGACUUGACCUUGGUACUGUGAACCUUGCAGUGUUGUGCUAGUUCAACUUUAUUCCUGUACCUUUUUAGGUGCCUUUAUUUUUCUUGUUUGUCAGAUGUAUAUGUAUGCAGUGACAAUCAGAAAUGCUCCUCUAGCUGCUGGCUCUCAGCCCUGCCCAUAAUAUAAGACACAAAAUAGAAAAUUACAGAUCCUGAGGGAAAUUAUUUGUCCUCCAUAUAGAUACACACAACAAUUACAAUUAAACUUGCUUUAGGUGAGAUGUGGGAUUAUUGGCCAGUUUAAAUUUUACUGCAGUUCGCUGGUAAAUUCCAGUGAUGCUGAAGAUGGGUGUGGCCAUUUUGUAUGUAUAGGAAACUGACUGCAGGUGGUGUGAGUUGAGAAGCGGAGCCGGUUACAGUUUGCUGGUGAGUCAAUAAAAGUACAAGCUGGUGGGUAACCCAAAAGGCCUCUCUGAAUUCCAGUGUACCAAGGUACAUACUUAUGUUGAGUAUUUUUGAACACAAAAGGUUUGUAUUCAAUGACAUGCUAUUUUGUUUAUAUGCAAUCACUCAAUACAUAAUAUGUUUCUAAAUUGACAUUUCUGUUUUAUUCGAUCUCAUAUGGAUUGGUUUGAUGACCAGUUUGCAUCAAAUUUCAGUCUAAAAUCCAGUGGUUCUCUCAAGUAACUAAGAUGCAAAACAGCACAAGUCUGACAAAUGUGUUUUCAAGCAUUAUAGUCAAGAAUCAUAAUGUCCCACAUAAAUGAAAGGGUUCACAGCUGCAGAACAAAGGAUGUGAUAUCAGAAGUUUCAACAGCCUUUGAUAUCCAUCAAGUUUUACACAUAGAACAAGUGUGAUAGCUGACAAGGGAAUUAAUGGAAUAUAUUAUAGGAAAUCUUUUUAGUUUCAUUAAGACAGAGUGAUAUUUACAUUAUGGCUGACACAGAAAUUAGCUUUGUGAGACGAACUAGCUUGGUUGCUAAAUGGCUAAUUUUUCAACCUGAUGCAUAGUCUUUUGCAAUACAUUAUUGAUUGCCAUAUUUUAACAUUUAGCAGCAUUUUUGCAACUGGAAUAGUUUCUUAAAAUAUUUUUUGAUAUGAAACAUGUUUUUAUUGGUAUUUUUAUAUAACUGACAUUUUUACAUGAAAUUAUAUUAAUCAAGUAGUUAAGUGCAGUGCAAUUUUUAGCAGUAUUAUGACAAUCGUUAGCAGUGGUGGAAGCAGUAUUAUAAACUGAUAACUUCAACGGGGUUAACAUUUGUAAGGAAAUAUUGUGUUUGGGUCAGUAAAUGGGUUGGUCCUGUGGAAACUCUGGUUUAGUUUCCCCCCCCCCACCCCCCAACCUCCCCACAUAAACACAUUAGUGAUUGCUGCAGAGUUUGAGGGUAAAGAUGUUACUUCAUAAAGGAUCAUGAUACACCUUUUACUGUGUUUAGGCGAAGAUAAGUCAAUUCUGCUUCCAGUCAUGUAUCACACAAGACACUAAUCAUAGGAUAUUGGGUACAGUCACCAGGUAGACAUAUAGUUUGGGGUUUUCAUCAUCUCUUAGGCUGGGAUUUUCCUGCCAGCAACAGGACCAGAAAUUCCUGCCCAAAGUUGUUGGACGUUUGGCUGCCUCUCCAGAUUUUCCAUCCUGCCCAUGACAGGUCCCGCCGCAGGCCGGAAUUUCCCGGUCCCAUCGGCGACCGGGAGUUUCAGAUGCUGCCGUUCCCGUUCCUGCCCGUGAUAGGCCCUGCCUGGACGAUCCCGUCUGUGGAACGGGACCAGAAAAAUCUUAGCCAUAGGUCUUUUUGUUCUCUGUAAUUAUUUGUAUUAUUUUUAAGGCAGAGUUAGAUCGAAGUUUGAUAACCAAAAGGUGAAAGGUUAUCGGGGGCAGGUGGGAUGUUACAAUCAGAUCAACCAUGAUCUCACUGAAUGGUGGAGCAAGCGCAAAGGGCCAAAUGGCCUUUUGCUCCUAAUUCGUAUGUUCGUAUGUGUAGCCUUAAAACUCUUCUGAUAAGAUUACUAAGCUAAUGAUUGAAUAAUAGUAAACUAUAUUCACAAGAAAUUAUCAGUAGGCAUUAUUUUUAAGCAUGUCACAUUGGCUAAGCUAUCCAUUUUUAGAUCAAAUCUGUAGCUAGAUUCUGUAAAUUGUGUCUAGUAUUUUGAAACAAACUUGUUAAAUUCUCCAAAAUUUCUCUUUUCAUUACUGAAGCAGUCGUUAAACAGAGGCUUUUCAACAGAGGCUCCCAACAGAAGUAUAGUCAAAUAUCUACAUACUUGAUUAGAUUAUUGGAAUAAAAGAAUUCUAUGUAGCAAUUGUAUGAGAGUUAUUUUAAAGGAAGGGAUGCAAGAGAUUUGUUAUCCUGAGCUUAAGCUUGUAAUUGAAGUCACUAUGUACAAUCUUUGUCCCCAUAUUAUUACUGGUAACACAGGCAGGUUUAUCGAAAUUCCAUCUGUUUCAUGAUGAUGGGGCAAAAGAGAGAAGAACUGAAAUAUUGGAGAUGUCUUUAUUUCCAUACAUAUGUAUAUCUAUCAAGGAUUAAUAAUAAAAUUCCAGUGUUUCCACAGGUAUAGGUCUAUCCAUUAGUCCUUUGUGAAAGUGGAUUCACAUGUAUAGAGAAUCCCAUAAAUACUAAAUCUCCCUGUACGCAGAAUGUAUCAGAAUCAAACAACAGUUUCAAGAAAAGGGCACACAUGCAAUUGUCAUUAGCUAUUGCUUUUAACAAAUCCCCAGUAGAAGCUAGUUAUUAGACUGUAUUUAAUAUGUACAUUUUUGUAAGGGCAUGAAUAAAUUACUUUAUAGGCAUAGUUCCAUUUGGAAGAGUUAUGAGAAUUAGAAACAAGUGAAAUGCACAAAGUGGAUUACAAAUUAACUUACUUGUGUUUGACAUACCACUGACGUGCCACUGAUCAUUUGUGCAGAAUUUAAACAAACAUCACUUUGGCAGUUUAUCAAAACUCUGUAUGUUAAGUGUCAAUUCCCAAUUUAUCAAAACUUCUGACACUCUAACAAUCAUUGCAUUUUUUUAAAUGUUCUUUUAAAAUCUAUAUUUUCAGGAUUAUCAGGUUUGUCACAAUUGCACAUAUUUUGAAAGCUGAUAAUGAUAUGCUAGUUUACAUUGUUAGCUAUAGUUGUCCUUUUACUUGUGGUUCUUGGACUUCUGGGAAAUACCAGUAAAAUAAUCUGCCCAUCAGAAACAAAGAACUUCUUUGUUAAUGUUUGUUGUUCAAAAAUCAAUCUACCAACUAAGCAGAUUUUUAAAAUUGUGGUUAUGCAUCAAUUAAUGAGAAAAAGUAAAUAAAAAUAACAUGCUGUGUUAAAUGAGGAUUCAUGUAAUUCAAAGGGGGCCCCACUUUGAUUUGAACUAUGAUCAUUCGUAACUAAUUGAAGCUGGAAUACUCUGCUGCAUCAAGAUAGGUAAUUGAAACAUACUGUAUUAUGGGGCUCCCCAUCUUUACAUUUUUUGUGAGACAAUUUUGAAAUUUAGCACACAGAUGGACUUUUUGGCUAAACACAUUGCUUCAUCUUACAAAGAUACAACUCCCUUUCAGUUAUUUUUCCAGCUUUGUUUUUGUUCAUACUUUUUAUUGACUUCAUAGAAUUUGCGCUUAACUCUUUCCAAAUAUCCAGCAACAUCUGGAACUAUACUGAAAAAUUGCAUUGGUUAUUUAUUCCAAAACUAAGUUUUAUGCAUUAGUUUACAAAAGGCCAACUUUUCAGCAGCAUAUUAAAAAUUACUACCUUUCAUAUGCUUUAAUAUAAUAAUUGCACAAACUAUAAAGAAUCCUUUCUGUGAAAGGAGUUCCUGUCAGGAUAUGUAAAAUAAGAGAACACUGUGCAACUUGUAAUUGAAUUACUUUGGAAGAAUGAAGUCCGAUGUGUACCUUCAAGGUACAAAUGCCAAACUAUAAUAAAAAAUAAUUUUGUUUGAA